AUGGCAUCCGCAAGUUCAUCGCCAGACACCCCGUACGAGAUCCCUGAGUCUCCCGUUAGUCCUGCAGCCAAUGUUACCCCAGCAUUGUCUGCUGUCGUUGAUCCAGCUCCUGCUACUGUUACAGCACCAGUGCCAGCAAGUCUAGCCUCGCCAUCUAGCCCAUCCCUGAGGUUUGGCAUGAAACGAAAAAUGCUUCCUUAUGCUCCCAGCUCACCGACCCUGCCGGCCGAUACCGAUCCUACACCAGUGCCCGUCCCGGAGGAAGUCCUUCUUCCUGCUAACACGCCUAUCCAGUUGGCCGACGUCGCUUCUGUGGCACAGUCGGCCACGCCAGCCAUAUCGGCCAAGAUCACCGGCUUACAGUCGAGGAAGGCUGCUUUGGAGGCGGAGUUGGUCCAAGUUAUGGCAGACCUCGUCGCGGAGGAGAACAAACUAGCAAACCUACCAUCAGUCGUCGUUGCUCAAGAGCAAACCUUAAAGUCAGCUGUCCAAGCUGCAAUUCACAGUCGCCGGUCCUUGAAAGCAAUCGCUGGGACCGACGCCGACGACUUGAAGAUUAUUCAAGGGGCCGACAAUGUUCGCCUGCGUGCGAUUGCCGCCCUGAAAGUAUAUCUGGGCUUGUAA